GAAUCGACGCAGGGCUCAACCGCCCUAUUUUAGCUAAGUUCAGUUGUAUUUUCGCUGCUGCUGCCGUUCUUUGCCUUUCGGACCAACCUCUCAAAUCGGAUCAAUUUGAAGAGCAAAUUUGGACCUCAGUAGCUUGUAACGUUACUGUUGGGGAAUAACAUCGUCGAUCCUUCACCCCCCUGCACCCAUUCUUCAACUCCAUAGUCCUUUUGACUGUGACAAACUCCCGGAUUUUCUUUUUUUUUCUCUUCUCUUUUUUUUUUGGCUUGAGUACCCCAACGCCAAAAAAAAUAAAAAUAAACUAUGGAUAGAGCGGAUCUUAUUCAGAAGGCCAAGCUGGCGGAGCAGGCUGAGCGCUACGACGACAUGGCAGAGAGCAUGAAGGAGGUUACAGAGAAGGGAGGGGAGCUGUCAAACGAGGAGAGGAACCUGCUGUCCGUCGCCUACAAAAACGUGGUUGGGGCAAGGCGAUCCUCAUGGAGAGUUUUGUCCAGUAUCGAACUUAAGGCAGAGGCCGGUGAGAAGAAGCAGCAGAUGGUCAAGGAGUAUCGGGAGAAGGUGGAGCUCGAGCUGCAAGACAUCUGCAACAACGUUUUGACCCUGCUGGAUGAACAUUUAAUUAAAAACUCCAAAAACCCAGAAAGCCAAGUCUUCUACCUAAAGAUGAAGGGUGACUACUAUAGAUACCUUGCUGAAGUUGCCAAAGGAGACGACAAAAAGAAGACCAUUGACAACUCACAGACAGCAUACACGGAGGCACGUAAUAUCAGCGCUUCUGAGAUGGACUCCACACAUCCCAUCCGCUUAGGCUUGGCGCUCAACUUCUCCGUCUUCUACUACGAGAUCCUGAACUCCCCAGAUAAAGCUUGCGAAUUGGCUAAAGGAGCAUUUGAUGAAGCCAUUGCAGAGCUGGACCAGCUAAAUGAAGAGUCCUACAAAGACAGCACUCUCAUCAUGCAGCUCCUCAGAGACAACCUGACAUUAUGGACAUCAGACAACGCUGCUGAGGAGGGCGAAGGUGGAGAAGCAGAAGAGGGUGGCGAGAAUGAGAAAUAAAUAAUAAUAAUAAAACAAA